AACCAACCAAUCAGCUUCACUCUUCAUUUCACCUCCAUACAUUAUCACACUCCACAAUCCUCAAAACACACUUUCAUCAUAACUUAACCAGAGAGAAAGAGAGAGAGACAACAAGAGAGAGAGAGCAAGAAUGGCGUACAGCGCGUGUUUCCUGCACCAGAGUGCACUGGCCUCCUCCGCCGCACGAUCAUCAUCUUCCUCCUCAUCCCAACGCUACGUGUCACUCUCCAAACCCGUCCAGAUAGUGUGUAAAGCCCAACAGCCUCAUGAAGACGAUAACUCCGCCGUCUCUCGCCGUCUCGCUCUCACACUCCUCGUCGGCGCCGCCGCCGUUGGUUCCAAAGUUUCUCCCGCCGAUGCCGCCUACGGUGAAGCUGCAAAUGUGUUUGGAAAGCCAAAGGCGAACACAGACUUCACGGCAUACAGUGGAGAUGGAUUCAAAGUGCAGGUGCCAGCAAAAUGGAACCCAAGCAGAGAGAUUGAGUAUCCAGGACAAGUCCUUAGGUACGAAGACAACUUCGACGCCACUAGCAAUCUCAAUGUCAUGGUCACUCCUACCGACAAGAAGUCCAUCACUGAUUACGGUUCUCCCGAAGAGUUCCUCUCUCAGGUCAAUUAUCUCCUAGGGAAACAGGCUUACUUCGGUGAGACUGCCUCUGAGGGAGGCUUUGACGCUAAUGCAGUGGCAACAGCAAACAUUCUUGAGACAAAUGUUCAGGAAGUUGGUGGGAAACCCUACUAUUACUUGUCGGUGCUGACAAGAACGGCUGAUGGAGACGAAGGAGGCAAGCAUCAGCUGAUCACAGCCACUGUGAAUGGAGGGAAGCUUUAUAUCUGCAAAGCACAAGCUGGAGACAAGAGGUGGUUCAAGGGAGCCAACAAAUUUGUCGAGAAAGCAGCCACUUCUUUCAGUGUUGCUUGAAUGAAAGCAACACAACAGAACAAUGCUCUGCUUUCUUUCUUCAUUUGUCUCUUGUAAAAAAAGGAAAAUGAAACUGAGCUUUCUAGAACUAUCAAGAUGAUUCUCUACCUUUGCGGCUUCACUUGUUUACUUGUGAUAACAGACUCUCGUUUUCCAUUCUUGAUAAAAAAAAUUAUAUUCGGUA